AUGCUCGCGCAAACAAGCUACGUCACCGACAUCGAGGCGGCAACUACCGUCGUGCUACGGAUGCUGGACGCCCAGCCACACCUCUCUCUCGACGCGACCCGCAAGGCCUUUCUCUUGGACACUGGGAGCUUUACGCUCGCCGACGUUGCACCGACCAAUGAACCGAGUACCGACUGGACUGUCGUAAGCGUCAUGCUCGUCCGACGCUAUGGUGUGCAGAUCGCGUCGCAACCCGUGGCCCACGAGACGAUCGCGGCCCACGUUACAAAGGCGGCCGCUCGAUGCUCGGUCGACGCGUUUUGUGCUGUGAGAACGGUUUUGCAAGGCCUUUUGGGUCUCGGGUGCGUUGUCGAGAAGACACUUGCUGGCGGCGGUAAGUGCCUUACGAUCAACCCGGCGUGUCUCUCUGGCCCUGCAUCUGCGUUUGGUGGCUUUCUCCACGUGAUGCCGCCGGUAAUGCGUCCGAUCCCACGCAUCGACACCCCGGCUGCCGCAGAUGCUGCGCCAAGGCCGUCGGAGCGCUCACUGUUUGACGCGUUCCUCGAGCAUUUGACCGUGUGGGUGCAUUUUGGCGCGCAACACGCAAUCCAGUCGACAUCCAAGCAGUACAAGCUGUCGAAAAUCGAGGCCACUCUGGCCAAAGCCGGCUACGUGGACGACAUUCCAACGGCGGCCGCGCGCGUCCUGCAAAACGUCCUCCAAGAUUGCAGCUUGCAACGCAGAGACGCGUACCUGGUGGCGGCGACCGAAGGAGUACUUUUGCCACCACAGAUGCCCAAGAAGACUGUGCCAAAAGGACGAGCGAUUAUACAGCAUUACGUCCACCAAAUUGCAAUCACGCCGCGAGCGACUGCGAAACUACCCGGCACGUGCACCCACGCGGAUGGGACGACGCAAGUCGCUCUGGACGCGCUGCGAGCACUGGGCUGCAUGAAAGAGUGGACAGAUGCCAACGGUACCCGGCUCAUGGGCUUCGACCCCGCCCUUCUGCAGCGGCCGCUGGCGUCGUUCCCGGGCAUGAGCUACCUCUUUUCGAUGGAGGAGGUACCGGCGUUGACAAAUCCCACCGCCGAACGUCUCGAGCAAAAGGCGGGAAACAACCACGACAUCCACGCAGCAAGCCAGGUUUUGGUCGCCACCACGACCGAGCAUGCGUCGCCGACGACAGUGGCUGCCGAAGCCAGCCUUGCACGAGCCACCAUGACAUCGUCGCCAAAGCCCCUCACAGCUCGUACCAGCAACGACACCAGCGCCGCAUCCGUUGUUGCGCUGCACGCUGCCACGUACCUCGGUGCGAUUCUCGAGUGGGUCGAGGGUGGGGACCCCUUUUUCGUCUCGUACAUUCGCAGCCAAGUGCGGUCACUCUUGCCGCCGGACGCGCCCAUGGACGCUGCUGUCGCCGCAAUCGUUGCUUCGUUGACACAGCAUCCGCAGCUUGUCUUUCAUAACUCGGACCGGCCGUGCUUUCUUGGCAACGGCUUUCCUCCGCCCGACGACCGCAUGGAUGCCACGCCGCCUCGCUCGACCGCGUCGUCGGCAG